AUGGAGAAGUUUAAAGUCCUUAAGUUAAAUCAGAAAUACAUGGAAUAUUUGGCUAUUUAUUCGUACAACUUAAGGGAACCCACAAAUGAAUUUUAUAGAAGGCCGAUGACAUAUCAUUUUUUGGCGGUCAUGGUUUUAACACAGCUAUUUAGUGCUAGAUACGUUUUAAAAUAUUGGAAACUCAAUCCUUUUCCUGCAAUCGGAGCAUCAAAAGUGGUAAUGGGUACCACUCAGUGUGCGGCUUGUCUUUUAUCCGUUGGAACUGAAUUGAAAAAGGUCAAAGCUGUACAUCUUAUACUGCAAGACAUUGUUGACACCGCCGAAAAUCCGGAAAUUUACAAUAUUUACUGGGAAACUGAGCAGAAGUGUAGAAAAUCAACGUUUAGAUUGAUUUGCUAUCCGUUUUAUCACGUUUCUGGAUGGUUUAUUACGAUCGCAUUUGUUAUGUAUGACUUGUCGUUUGGAAAUGGAUAUUACUAUGGUUAUUUCAAUUAG